CGAAGCACCACUGUUAACGUUUUGUAGUAGCGGAAAGUUGUGAAACCGAAGUUUUCCAUAUUUCCUAGUCAAUUUACAAAUUAAGUCUUAAUAAAAACAAUCGUACAACAUGUCUCUCGCCAACGUGGAUAAAAGUGAACUGAUGGACCAGGUGAAGCAACAGAUUGCUGUGGCCAACGCUCAGGAACUUCUCACACAAAUGACACAAAAGUGCUUUAAAAAAUGUGUCAAUAAACCCGGAACCUCGCUUGACUCCUCGGAACAGAAAUGCAUUUCCAUGUGCAUGGACCGGUUUAUGGACUCGUGGAACCUUAUCUCCAGGACCUACGGCCAAAGAUUACAACGCGAGCAGAACAAGUUCUAGAAGACGGCAUUUUAAAGAAGGCAGGGACAACUUCGUCUGCUAGCUAUUGAUUAGUUCUAAUGUAUAAAGUUUGAUAAUGCAAUAAAAACAUGCAUUAUGUUACGUGAUUUUUGAUGACAAAA